CCACCAAGCAUUGUGAGAACAAUGCACUGUGUUACCAUCACCUAGUUUGCUGAAAGUUAAUUAUUGAUGUUUGCAAGUAUAAUGUGAGUUAGAAAAUUAACAAUGAAAAUGGAUCCUCGAUGGAGAAUUUGCAGUAGGUGUCUGAAUUGGAGGUGGCCUCAGGCCUUACCAACUCCCAAGUGGAAUCUUAUCAGACAAUUGCAUGGAUUACUAAUGGGAAUGGGGUUCUUGGGGCACUGCUAGAAUAAGCAUUUCCAGGGGCUUCAGAGGGAGAAUAAGAUAUGCAAAAAGAAUCACUCAGCAGGAUGAGUGAUUUUUAUUUGCAUGGAAUUUUAUCCAGGGUUUCAAUCCCAUUGCCUUCAAUGCAGUGCUAAAAGAGGAGCAGCUGAGGAUUCAGUAGAGCUAGAAGCAAAGUCAGUGUCCAAAGUUUCUUUUCCUUGGUGGACUUGGGUCAGGCACAACAUCAGGGUAUUUGCAGUCCAUCAGCCCAUUGUGUGGGUCAUUGCAUGUGGCAAAUGCAAGCAAUCAGGAGCCUGAGAGUCCCAAGGCCAGGAGUCAAGCUCUAGGAGGAGGUAAUGGAGCUAACACUUUUGAUUAGGAGAUUAAAUAUCUCAAAUCUCUGGGUGCUUGCAGUGGCCACGCCUACUCUGCCCAAUGACCUGUUCCCAGUUGUGACUGACAAGCAAGUACCUUCCCUCUGUCACCCAAACUUUACUGGCAUGUGUUAAACGGCAGUUUCCUGGAAAAGUUGCACCAAUGACUAUAAUACUUGGCAUUCCCUUUGCUCCUUUUCAGUUAUUUAAAACUGGGUUAAUUAUAAGGGUAUCAGACACUUGCUUUUAUUCUUUUCCUAUGCUUCUUCCAGAAGAGAAUGGAAGGACUUCUGAAGAGCAACUAUGGAAGUAUGGCAAAAGGCUGUGUAGAAGAUAGCCGAAUUGAAUCAUCAUCCUCACUGAGGCUGGUCCUGGUGGGCAAAUCCGGCUGCGGGAAAAGUGCUACUGGAAACAGCAUCCUCUGCAAGACCGUGUUUGAGUCCAAACUGGGGGCCCAGACCGUGACCAGGAGAUGCCAGGUGGCCACAGGCACGUGGAAUGGGAAGAACAUUCUGGUGGUUGACACGCCCUCCAUCUUUGAGACAAAGGCCAAGAACCAAGAGAUGUACAAGGACAUCGGGGACUGCUACCUGCUCUCAGUCCCAGGACCACAGGUGUUGCUGCUAGUGACACAGCUGGGGCGCUUCACUGCCCAGGACACGGUGGCAGUGAGGAGGGUGAAGGAGGUCUUUGGGAUAGGAGCCAUGAGAUAUGUGGUGGUCGUCUUCACCCACAAGGAGGACUUAGGGGACGGGUCCUUGGAUGACUAUGUAGUCAACACGGACAACCACAGCCUGAGGUGCCUGAUCCAGGAGUGUGGGAGGAGGUACUGUGGCUUCAACAACCGGGCCACCGGAGAGGAGCAGAGGGAGCAGCUGGAGCAUCUGAUGGCUGUGGUCGAGAGCCUGGAGAGAGAGCACCAGGGCGCCUACUACACAAACGAGCUCUACUUGGAUGCACAGAUGCUCGAGGAAGGCAGGGUCAGCACCCCUGGAGAAGAGCCCAGGUGGUUCCUGGCCAAGGUGAAAGCUUAUGUUGAAAAUCAAGAGCGAAUCCUGAAGGAGUCCCAGAGUCACUGGGUGUUCAAGGUGCUCCUCAGGGUCAGAAAGUGGAUGCGUAAUAACAUUGGGUUAUCUGCUUUCCUUGUGAUAUGCAUUUUUAUUUUUUUUGUCCUUUUAAUUAAGUUGUGUAUUCCUUAAAGACGCUGAGCAGCAUUUUCAGCUGACUUCUACAAUUGGCUUCUUUUUUCCAAACUCACCAUCUCUUUUUGGGUUUGUAAGAAACUUAUGUGCUUUUUGCUUAAGUUCAGUUUUCAUAUCUCUUCCUUACAUUAGACAUGUCAUUCAUGUUCUCCUAGUGUUUCUAGAUAAAUAAAAUCCAAAGGAAAAUAUAUUUCUUUUUUGAUUUGUUAAAUAUCAUGGAGGUAAAUAAUAACUUAGCUAGAUACAAUCCUGGAUACUUGGGAGGGUUUUAUAGGAAGGAAGAUGAGUGGACUGUGAUAUUACACAUUGAGGGAAGAAAUAUAUUACAUUAGAAGCUGGGUGUAGAAUUCCUUAUAUUAUUCAGAAAUAUGCUCUGAUUUCAUCAUAGGCUAUAAGAAAUGACACCCAUCACCAUCCCCACCUGAGAGAGGAAGUUCUGGGGGGAAUUUUGGAGGCAUGAAGGGGCUGGGAAGGAAGGUGGGAGGGGACAUGGACAAGUUAGGAGAAGAGAAAAUGGUCACAGAGGUGGGAUGGGGUGAGGCCUUGGGGAAAGCAGAGACAGUGGCUGGGGGGGAAAUAGGAACUGGGGUUUCAUAGAACAGAGCCAGAUAGUGGAUUAGGCUUAGCAGACGACACGAUCUCAGUCACUUACAAAGGAAAUGGUGGAUGGACAAGAUGUAAGUGAUGUGUGAGGUUGAAUUCCAUAAAACUUCGUGAACACUGAAAUUUGAAUUUUAUUGACCUUCUUAUAUGGCGAUUAAACAUUCUUCUUCUUUUUAUUUCUUCAACUUUUUAAAUACCUAACAGCCUUCUUAGCUGGGAGGCUGUAAAAAUGGCACCAGGCCAAUGUGGUCACACUCCCUUUUUCAAUAAAUUACCACUGUUGGUGGAGCUCUGUUGUGAAGCAGCCUCUUUAGCCCCAAGGUCAGUACAUCAUGUCUGGGAACUCGGGGAGGGAGGGGUGUUCACCACCUCCACGGCAGCAAAGGGAAGAGGGCAGGCAUUAAGGUGACAUCUGGGCAGAGGUCAUGAAGUUAGUGGAAAUGGGAAGCUAGAUGAAGUCCCCAGGUGGCCCCUGCCCCACCCUCUCCUUCUUUUGGUGGCUGUCCCCCCGUUCUCUGCCCAUUUGUACCCUGUACUGUGUGCUAGGGGCAGGGGCCUGACAAAAAAGAAUUACUAAGUAAACUGAGGGGCAGGGACCAUGGGAGAGAAAAAUUGCUAAUUAUCUCGCUAGAAAAGCAAUGUGUUAU